AUGGAGCUGGGGGAACAAAAACCCUCACAACUUUUGAGGCGGAUGAGAGACCUCGCUAGAGAUAAAAUUCCGGAUGACACUCUCCGUAUACUGUGGCAAGGACACCUUCCAUCGUCAGUCCGCGCCGGACUUGCAGUCACCGAGGUUAAGGAGUUGGAAAAUCUCGCCGUCAUCGCCGACAAGAUCGUGGAAACUUCGAAACCCAUGCAGAUCGCGGAAAUAGCCCAUGUAAAGCCCCACACGUCGACCGAUACCGAUCGGAUAAUGGCAGAAAUAGCCAAACUUAGGUGCGAAGUUGCGGAAUUAAAAAGAACAAGGCCAAGAUUUCAACACCGUCGAGAUGGCGGUCGCACACGCUCAACAUCCCGAAAUCGAAGUCGUGAUCCUUCGUCACAAAGACCGCGGCGCACUCCGGAGAGCCCAGAUUGGCUAUGCUAUUACCAUCACCGUUUCCGCGCGAGGGCAAUCAAAUGUGCAGAACCUUGCGCGUGGAGAAAACACCCGGAAAACUAG